AUCUACACUCUCUUAUAUCAAUGGUGAAAAGAGUGUGAUGGUUGUAAUCCAAGAGAUGAAUUAGUUUAGGUUUUGCCGGCGGCGGCAUACAGGGUAAUAGUCCAGGCAUAUGCAUUUCUUCAUCUUCUUCUUCAUCACUGUUCCAUUCAUAAGCUUUCCUCCGUUUUUUAUCACUUCGUUGGUGUUUUGGUUCCCGGGAAAGUUCGAAUUUUUAAUAUGUUUUUGUACAUGAAAAUGAAAACCCAAGAAAAAUAGUAGUAUAGUUAGUAUACUCGCUGAAUAUAUAUAGUAAAUAAAAUUAGGAAAAAGGGGGAAAGAGGGCCCGAGUCGAGCGUGACUGAGUCAGUGAGUGAGUGAGUGAGUGAAGGAAAAAUCCUCGAGACGUGCAGACCGGCUCCGGCAAUUAGUAGUAUGAGAAUCGAAGAGAAGGCGGUGGCCGAAAUGGGAGACGGCGAACAACAGAAGAUGAUGUGGAGCAGAGAGACGAUUCCGAGAGUGAUGAAGAUCGUCGGGGCAAGGCUCCAUCAGAGAGACCUGGUUUCGCUGCUCCUCGUCAGCCCGUGGAUUCACCGAGCUCUCGUCUCCUACUCUUCCCUUUGGCUGGUUCUCGACUUCCGGGAGAAGAACAAGGCUGGCGAGCGCCUCAUUGCCGCUCUUUCUCUGCCGAGAUAUCAUCAUUUGAAGGAGAUAAACCUAGAAUUCGCUCAAGAUGUUGAAGAUAGGCAUCUUGAAGUCCUUCGAACCGAGUUUCAUGGCACUCUCCAAAACUUGGAGCGUUUGAACCUAAAUGGCUGCCAGAAGAUCUCUGAUAAAGGAAUAGAAGCUAUAACGAGCUGUUGCCGUAAGCUAAAGAUCUUCUCUAUUUAUUGGAACGUUAGGGUGACAGAUGUGGGCAUCAAUCAUUUGGUGGAGAACUGCAAACACAUAAGUGAUCUCAACUUGAGUGGAUGCAAGAAUGUAUCAGACAAAAGUAUGCAGUUAAUUGCCAACAAUUAUCCAGAGUUAACGUCAUUGAACCUCACAAGGUGCAUCAAGCUGACUGACGUUGGCCUGCAACAGAUACUACUCAAGUGCUCAUUAUUACAAACUUUAAAUCUUUAUGCACUUUCCAGGUAUAACACACCGUCUGCACCUAGACUUGGUAAUUUUUAUUUGGCUCUUAAUUUAUAUCUCCUCUUUCUUUUCAGCUUCACAGAUAAAGCAUACAGGACCAUAUCGAAUCUACCCCAUUUGAGAUUUCUAGACUUAUGUGGUUCACAGCAUCUGUCAGAUGAAGGCCUUACUUGUAUAGCAAAGUGCAAAGACCUUGUCUCUCUCAACUUGACAUGGUGCGUACGUAUCACUGAUGUUGGGGUCAUAGCUGUUGCCAAAGGUUGCAGAUCAUUGGAGUUCCUUAGCUUGUUUGGAAUAAUUGGUGUAACUGAUAAGUGCCUGGAAGUUCUUUCAAGUUGCUGUUCAAACACACUUACAACCCUCGAUGUAAACGGAUGCAUUGGCAUAAAGAGGAGGAGCCGUGAUGAAUUGCUUGGCCUGUUCCCCUACCUUAACUGUUUCAAAGUCCACAGUUGAAUUGAAUGAAGUAGUGCUUCAAUUACAUGUAGGCCGCCAAUUACUUUCAGCUGAUUGGAAUUAGGGAAAUGACACAGUUUAACAUUUCUGUCUAUUAUAUUUCCUGUAAAAAAAGUAAAAACACUAUGAUGGCGUUAGCAAACAUGCCCUUAUGUUAAGUUUUGUAUCCAAUUUGGUUAAUUAUUGUUGUGUUAUUUUAUCUUAUGUAUGCUUAGUCGAGGAAGACAUAUUGAUAACGCUAAAUUAGUCAUAUUUCAUGCCCCAUUUUUUUAGUUGUUUUAUGCCAA